ACGUUCAAAGCUGUCUACACCAUGGAGAUGACACGACGGGAGAACGACAAGAGAAUCAGACUAUUGUACGUAGAUAUGCAGGACAUGAUGGCUGUAUUGGUCGAAUUGAAGGAUGUGAAGGAUCCUCGACGUGUUAUUCAGGGAAAGACUAUUGAAGCACGGCUGGAGGGCCUCGUAAAGGGCGCGAAAAAUGAUAUCAAGGAGUGUGCAAACGCUUGUGACGCUUACUCCAAAAAGGGGCUUAUAUCCAAGGCUUUGAAAGGCUCAAUUUGGCAGGAUAUGUUGAAAGGUUAUGGUAAGAAAUUCGUAGACAGACGCCAUCAGUUCAUGGAAGCUCUCGCGAUUCAUACUACUCGUCUCGUUGAUCGCAUACAUGACAAGAUGGAAGUUAUGCAUGACAAGAUAUCACAGUGCGAGAAAUGGAUGGAGAAUCUCGUCCCGACGAUCGAAGCUAUGAUUACGAAUGUCGUUGGUGGGAAGGAUACCAAUGCUAUUCAAGAAGAUGUGGAUACCCUCAACCGCCUUGUCGACCUUAGAAACGAACACGCGCAAAAACAAAAGGGAGACAACACUCGAAUGCCAUAUACGCUUUCUGAUUUGAAGAACGAGCUGAGUGAAGAUUUACAUCUUUCAAUAUCUUCGAAUCAGGAGACGUUCGACCGCAAGUUCCGACUUCAGUACGAACGUAUGGCGAAAGAACUAGUCGACGCAAACAAGGAAGUCACCAGAGCUGUCAAGGAACUGGAAGGACCCCAUGAUCGUAUCAAGGAUAAGGAACUGCGACAAAUAUGGAGGGAUAUGAAUUGGCGCCGCAACGUGAAGGCAAGCUUGUUCGUUAUGACUUUACGAGAUCAUUUCCGGGACCGGAUUGAAAAUAUGAAUCUUAUGAAUACGCAUGCCAUCGAAGAUAGGGCAUCCGAGACUUCUGAGUCUGCCGUGGAUCCUCCUGGAGGUGACAUCACCAAACCACUUCCGGAUCAAUGGGCCCUUCGCUAUGUGGAUGUCGUCUGGCUUCAGCCUAUAAUGGAAGCAUUUGACGAAGAUGGUUCGGGGUUGAUCACCAUUUCUGAACUCAAUCGCUUCAGACCGGCCGAGCUGAACUGGAGCUUACAACAUUGGAUUGCCUAUUGGGCAAUUGGUUGGCGCGUAACUACAUACUCGUAUCGAAAGCGGAUCCAUCACCUCUUCUCUGUAAUGCAUAGAAUGAUGCCUCGACUGCUUCUAGCAAAUCGCGCUUAUGCUGAAUACUAUCUCAGCAAAGUAUGGCCGCGUGUAAUUGAACUGACCAUGGCUUUGCAAGACCCAGGAAAAGGCUACGAAACCAUACGAUCAAAGUUUCAACCGUAUGCGGAACUCGAAGAAAAGCGUAUAAAGGGAAACUUGGCGUCUGCGAAGUACGACAUUGAUGCACUUGACAGCGUUUAUGUUGUUACAGGACCAGGCAAAUUUGAGAAGCACCUCUUGCCUUUGAUAUAUCUCCUUCUCGAGCACGAUCUCGAAAUGUUCCGUAUUGCUCAAACCCAAGUGCUCGGUCCCCGUGAGCUUUCAAACGCCUGUGAGAGUCUCUUGUGGGUGGCGGCCGUAUAUCGCAAGACGGACUUGGCAGAGAUCUUCAGUCAAAGAGAGUUAGACCCUGCCGUGCAAUUCAAGAAGUACGCUGGCGGAAUUUACAACUACUACUUCGACAACACACCGCUAUGGACCAUGUCCACGCUGCAUGACAUGAUAUUGGAGCAGGACGUCGUCGCAGAGGACGAAUUGUCUGGAAAGCCUACCGACACGAUGACUGCUUCUGGCUCUAGGUCUCCGCUGAAUUCGCCAGAACACGUCUCUUCCAGUGACAGCUACGGCGGUCCGAAACACCACGGUAUCGACUGUGCCGCAUGCAAGCAAGAUAUUGUCGGUGCUCGCAUCCUGUGUUUAGACCGUCGUAGGAAAGAACGAGCACAGACUGGACCACAAUAUCCUCAAGCUACACACCGUUCUUUUGUGCUGGGACUUGUCCGUAUUGUUUCAGAGGCACACCAGGCUCUACAAAGGUGUCGCAUUUUGGUUCGGGAAAGUCUUCAUCCCAAGCUUUCUCAGGUACAAGUUGUCGAUGGCGACGGUAUUCCUUCGAGAACAGUCUCGCCGUCAGUUCCCGACAUCAAGACAAGGCGGGGUGUUAUAACCGGUGAUACGCAAGAUGUCGGAGACGGAGACAGCGAUUCGGAGCAGUUCGGCACACCGCCAGACAGGACUCUUGACCUCAAAGAUGAACAAACACAUGCGGAAGCCAGAGUAGAUAUUGUAUCUGCCGUUGACCGUUCUUCAGACAGUGUGGGUGUAUUCACAUGCGCUGUGUGCACGAAGGGGUUCUCUCAGCCAUUUUGGUUCUGUGUAGAAUGUGAAGACCUUAUUUUAUGUGACGAAUGCGAAAGCAAGUCCUUGAUUUCGUGUGUCGGAUGUCGACAGCCAUUUGAACAGCCUACAUGGUACUAUGGUGAGGACGGUACCAAUGCUGAUUUCAUGUGCCACACUUGUACGGGAACGAUGUCACCUGCGAUCGACAGCACUCGUCGGCACGUAUACACCCAUGGCCUUCGCCUACAAGAAGGGAUCGAGGAGAUGAAUGAAGGGCUAAGCUCAAACAAACAGGUCACUAUUAUAGACGAUCGAGUAGCACAUAUUGAAGGGGAGAUCUCCAGACUGACUUCCGGCGUGCAUGAUUGCUUUUCGAAGUUGGACCCAAUCCUCGGUUUGCUGUCAAAGCAAGCAGAGGUGCACACAUAAGCGUAGUAGCUAGGAGGGUCUUCGGGUAUUUAUGAACUCGUAGCAUCACAUUAUUGUAUAUCACAGGAAUAAAAAACACUCUGUAGU